GUCAUGCCAUUGCCAUUGCCAUGCCAAACCUGGCCUCGCGAGCCGGCGUGACUAACCUGCUCCUCCGUUCAACUUAGGUUAGGUUAUAUGUACUUGGUUUUCUAUCGAUUGAUGUGCUUGUUGAUGUUAUUUGCUUGGUUUACUCACUCCCUCCCUCCUCUUCACUGCGACUCCAUGGCUGUAUCGAUUGAGAGAAAUGGUGCAAACUCUACGGGCCGCCCGAGUUUCAUAAAAUUUCUGUCUCCGGAGUCGUUGACUAUGCUUGCUAUUCCUCGUCGGUUCGUCAAGCACCUGGAGGAGAGUGCGCUGCAAAUGGCCACUUUGUUUUCACCAAGUGACAGUUUUUGGCACAUCCAGGUCCUGCUGAACGAGGAGGACGAACUCGACGUGCAGUUCGGCAGAGGUUGGGAGCUAUUUGUGCGAGCUCACGGUCUCAAACCGGGCAACUCUGUUCUGUUCCAUUACGAAGGCAACACGGUAUUUUCAGUGGAAAUGUUUCAUUCCGACGGAUGCUGCAUCUGGUACGAUUGCAAUGACCUGGAUUCUGCUGCUCCAAGGUGUCUUGUGCAAGACCUGGCGAUUAGAAGUGGAGGUUUUAAGGAACCAACAAAGACGGCAAUCACUGAAAGGAAGGCGAAAUGGUCUCAGAAGAGAGCGAGGAGCAAAGGCGAACGGCUUUCUACAUUCGAAUGGGAACUUCGAUCGUAUAACGUUGAUCUGGCCAGGGCCCAAAUUUAUCUGCCCCCAGGAUUUGUGCCUGCAACGAAGUCGGAGACGAUGUCCUUGGAUUGUCUUGGAAGGCUGUGGCCGAUUCGGCUCUGGGUUGGUCUGAAUGAGAAAAUCGCCAUAACCACCGGAUGGAAGAAGCUGGUCCGAGAGACCAAGCUUAAAGAAGGUGAUCUAUGUGCUUUUGAAUACAUAUCUCCAGGGGUGUUGAGUCUUAAGAUCGAGAGGGCAUAGGAGGUUCUGGCUCUGCACACGGUUUUCUUUCGAUCUGUCUGCUUGCUUGCGAACGUACUUUAAUUACAACUUGUGCUUGAAUUAGUUGUAAUUUUGAACUUUAGAUAUGCUCGUUGUGUCUGUGCAUGUUUUUAUGGAACCUUUUUUUAUGUAGUAACAAACAUGGUGAAGCACUAAAGA